AUGGAUCGUGGUGAGCAUAUAAAUGAUACGGAGUGCGGUUAUGUUGAGUCAGAAGAAGAAGCUAGGAUGACGGAGAAGGACUUAGCGGAGGACGCGCAGUGGAAAAUAUUUCAGAAAAAUACAUUCACACGAUGGGCGAAUGAGCAUCUCAGAAAGGUUGAUCUACACAUCGAGGAUUUGGAGACUGAUCUGAGUGAUGGCUUGCGAUUAGUUGCACUUGUCGAAAUAUUGUCAGGUCACAAAUUUCGUCAUAUCAAUAAGCGACCGACAUUCAAGACUCAAAAACUUGAGAAUGUUACUACCGUUCUCAAGUUCCUCGAGGAAAAUGAAGGCCUGCGUCUUGUCAGCAUAGAUAGCAGUCACAUAGUUGAUUGCAACUUAAAACUUAUAUUAGGUUUGAUUUGGGCACUUAUCCUGCAUUACUCAAUAUCAGUGCCUCUCAUUGAAGAUGAAGAAAACGUACCGGAGCAGGAUAAAAACCAAACACAAGGCCCCAAACAGCGUUUGUUAGGUUGGGUGAAACAAAAAAUGCCGGACAUUCCAGUACGAAAUUUCACAACAGAUUGGAACGAUGGUAUCGCUAUUGGAGCUCUCGUAGAUGCUUGUGCUCCUGGUCUGUGUCCGGAUUGGGUUAGCUGGGAUCAAAAGAAACCUUUACGUAAUGCUACAGAGGCAAUGACAGCAGCAGAAAACUGGCUCUCCGUUCCUCAGUUAAUUCGACCAGAAGAAAUGAUUGAUCCCAACGUUGAUGAAAAGUCUAUGAUGACUUACAUUAGUCAGUUUCCUAAUGCUCGUUUGAAAGAGGGUGCACCACUGAAGGAUAAACUCAAUCCGUCGAAGGUGCGAGCAUAUGGUCCAGGUUUGGAGGUGAAUGAAAAUAGAAUUAGUGAACCGGCUAAAUUCUAUGUGGAAACAGCUGGAGCUGGAAAGGGUCAAUUAGAUGUUCUUGUUAUCAAUUCUAGAGGUGUCAGAGAAUCAUGUGAAGUAGUUUUUGAUAAUGAAAGAAGUCAAACGUAUUCGUGUGUUUAUGAACCACAUGUAGAAGACCCGAGUAAAGUAACUGUUAACGGUCCAGGAGUACAAAAAUCAGAGCUUAAUUGUGUUGGUCGACGUACCUAUUUCAAUGUACUCACUCAUAAUUCUGGAAACGGAACUGUUGACUGUUAUAUUGUUGAUCCUCAUGGAAAGAAAGAUACUGUGAAACCGCGUAUCACUUGUCCCGGUGGAGAUGGUUGUUAUGUUGUUGAAUACACGCCUAAAGAUGUUGGUAUGCAUCAAGUAUAUGUAGAGUUUGCUGAUAAGCAAAUUCCGUAUUCACCAUUCCAUGUGGAAAUAGCGCCUAGAGAGUCUGGUAAAGCCGCUGCAGUUGCAGCUCUUUCAUCUGUAGUACAAGAUGCAAAACUUGACCAAUACUUAUCUGAUUCAAAGAAUACUGUUAAGCAGAACGGCUUAAAUGGAACGCUUGAUGUUAAUUCAGAAGGUAAUGAAGGUAUGAAGCUGAAAAAUGAAAAUCAGUUAUGCGAUCCUUCAGUUGCAUACUCAUGUAGCAUUACUAAUGGAGAAGAUAAUUCUUCUUCAGGCAAGGCAUUGAAUGGCGAAUCGUGUAUGGAAGAAGUAAUUGCAGAGGUUCAUCCAGAAUUAGCUUAUGCUACAGGACGUGGUGUUCAAGCACGCGGUGUACGUGUACAGGAUAAAGUACAAUUUUCCGUUCAUACUGAACGAGCUGGAGAUCAAGCUCCACUUUCAGUUACUAUGAAUCGAGCAGAUGGUCAAAGUGAAAGUGUGGAAGUUCGUCAAAUUGAUAAAUUCUUGUGGGAUUGUUUCUAUAGUCCACAACGACCUGGAAAGUAUACGCUUAGUAUUCGCUAUGGUAAUGGACAUAUUCAGCAUAGUCCGUACACAAUUGUCGUUGGUCCAUAUAAAAAGUCUGCAGUACGCGCUUUUGGUCCAGGUUUACUAGGUGGCGUUGUUAAUCACCCAAAUCUAUUUACGGUUGUAUGUAAUGGUGAAGGUGCUGGACUAGGUUUCUUGAUUGAAGGUCCUAGUGAAGCCAAAGUUGUAUGUCGAGAUAAUGGAGAUGAUUCAGCUCUUGUCACGUAUUCAGUUACACAGCCUGGUGAAUAUGCAGUCCAUGUGACAUGUUAUGAUGAAGAUAUUCCUGGAUCACCGUAUAUGCCUAUAAUUGUUCCUGAUAUUAAAGAUAUUCAUCCUGAUAAGUUACGUGUUUACGGUCCCGGUGUGGAAACAACAAAUCUUACUGUUGGUCAACAAACAGAAUUUUAUGUGGAUGGUUUACAAGAUGCUGUACCUGUUCAUAUGUUACAUUCAAUGAGUGAAUCUUUGUUACAUGUAGAUUGUCAUGAUUCUACGGGGUAUCCAGUUCCAGUUCAAGCUCGCAUGAGAUCUGAUGGUACUGUAGUUUACACUUACAAACCUGUGUCGCCUGGAGUUCACACUAUAUAUGCCGCUAUCGCAAACACUUCUCUCAAAAGUGUUCCAUAUAGAGUUAAUGUUGCUCCUGAAAUACAACCAGAAAAAGUGAAAUUAUAUGGUCCUGGUUUACAGAAUGCUGUUAGAAAACAAUCAACUCACUUCUUUAUUGAUCCUCAAGAAGUAUUCUCAGGUGAACAUGAAGCUGAACUAAUGGCCAAUAAUCCAAUAUCUGUAACUAUUGUAGACGAUCGUGGUCAGUCAAUUCCUACAAAGUGGAACCCAUCGAAGACUGUUAAUGUGCCUGUACAAUGUGGUUUUGAUGUUUCUCAGAUUAAAAUACAAAAUUUAGAUACCGCUAUCAAUCCUCAUUCAACUAGUCAAUUUGUAAUUUCUACAAAAGAUGCUGUACACCUAGUAGAUCGUGUUUCUGUAAAUAUUCAGUCGGUAGACAUGCCAGAAAUAUGUUUACCAGUUAGCCUAAAAGCUGAAACAGACGAUGAGAUUUUAUGCACAUUUUCAACUAUUGAUUUACUAGGCUGUUACAGUCGAUCAUCGCCAUUAACAUUCACUGUGGUAACUAGUAACACAGAAUCAAGUGUUGAAUGUGCCGACGGCAGUAAUUUACAUUUAUGUAAUGGUGAUGAUGAAUUAUGUAAGAGUCAAAAUGAAACCGACCAAACGGAUACUCAUGAAAAUCAAUCAGUUGAUGAAAUAUUAUCUACAGAUUGUCAGCUAAAAAAUGGAAUCUGUCUACCUCAUAAUGGAUCCAUUGAACAUAGAAAUGAUGAGGAGAACUCGUGUACAACUGAAGCUAAUUGUAAUGUGUACGAAUCAGCGGACGGCAGUGAUGUGGUCAAUGAUACUACUGAUAUGGAAGCAAAUAAUAAUACUAUUCAUCAAAUAAAUAAUGGGAAUGGUUUUAAGAAUAGUGAAGAUAGCGUUCAGUCGACAGCUGCUACUAAAAUUGAUAUGCUCAAGAUUUUUAUCAGGAAUGGUUAUACAGAAAAAUGUGAACAGGAAGAGGAGUUUCUACAGACUGAAAACAACAACAUUUCCAAAAUUUCAUCACAUGAAAAAGAUGACAACGGGAUAGUCAAUGGACACAGCACUGAUUGUACUUCACCACCAGCUGCACAAAAGUAUCCUCCAAGACUGUUUAUUACAGAGAAGGAAAAAACUGAUAUCAUAGCUAAAAGUAAAUGGCCUCAACCGACACCUGACCAACACGCCUACAGUAUAACAGCUCAAGGUUCAGGACUUGAUAAAGCCUUUACUAAUCAGUUAGCUGAAUUCAUCAUUAACAGUGAACUUGUUCCACCAGCUCCGUUGAGUGUAACAAUUGCUGGACCAAGUGAAGCAAAAAUCCAAUGUAUAGAUAAUGGAAAUGGAACGUGUGGCGUGAAUUAUACACCAUUUGCACCAGGUUGUUAUACAAUUAAUGUAGUGUAUAACAAUGAACUACAUAUAUUUGGAAGUCCAUUUUUUGUUCAAGUCUAUCCUGCUGAUAAACCAAAUUUAAAUGUAGAUGAUGUACUGUGCUACGGUGUUGGAGUGGAUUCGAAUGAAGUACACAAGGCUUCUUACGUCAAGUUUAUUGUUGACGCAUCAGCUAUUGACCCACGCGGUGAAGGAACAGUGUCAGCUAUUCUUACCGGUCCUGAUAAUGAAACAUCUGCCUGUCAAGUAGUGAACUCCAAAGAUGGAAAGUAUGUUUGUAAUUAUACCCCAUUGGAGGAAGGCCAACAUCAAAUAGACGUGACCUAUGAAGGUCUUGCAAUACCAGGUAGUCCUUAUCGUGUUCAAGUUCUACCUGGUUGUGAUCCAAAUCGAGUUAAAGCUUACGGUCCAGGUCUUGAGAAUGGACAACAUUUAAAACCUGGUGUACAAACUACAGUUGAAGGUCCAAGUGAAGCACCAAUUGAUUGUCAAGAUAAUCGUGAUGGUACUUGCACAGUUUAUUAUACACCUUCUGAAGCUGGUGCUUAUUCUGUGUAUGUACGCUUCAAUGAUCAUAAUGUUCCAGGAAGCCCAUUUCAUGUAAAUGUUGAAGCUAAAAUUGAUCCAAAACAAGUUAGAUGUUAUGGUUCUGGUCUUGAAUCUGGUCUGUUACGCGCUGGAUUACCAGCUUAUUUCACUGUGGAUACAAAAAAUGCUGGAGAUGCACGUCUACGGGUUAUGUAUACACCUAAACCUGGUGCUGAAUUGCAACCUGCAAAUGUUCAACUUCUUAGUGGAGGAACAGAUAAAGAUCCAACACAUCAACACUACCACAAAGUUACAUAUAUACCUGAAGAACAUGGUCCUUGUCGCAUAGAAGUUACCUAUGAUGAUGUUCAUAUUCCUGGUUCACCGUUUAUAGUCAAUAUUCGAAAAUCUUGUGAACCUGAACGUGUUCGUGUUUUAGGUGCUGGAGUUGAAGGUCCUGUUCUAGCCAGUCUCCCCGCAACAUUUACGGUUGAUGCUCGAGAUGCUGGUAUGGGAGAUUUAACUCUUGGUCUUACGGAUCCGAAAGGACAGUCAGUUCCAGUAAGAGUUCUUCCAUUGUCUGUAGACAGCGAAUCAGUUGUAACGAAUGGAGUAGUGCCUUCUGUGACAAGUUUAGCCUCAGGUGAUGUCAGUGACACAGGACUUUUAUCAUGCACCUAUGAACCAUAUUUGAUUGGACCGCACAAUAUACAUGUUAUGUUUGCCGGUGUUGAAGUGGACAACAGUCCAUUCACUGUUCGGAGUAUUGCUACGGGUAGAGCAGAUCUAUGUGCAAUUAAAAAUGGUGUAAAGAAAUUUAUACCAGUUGGAAAAGAAAACGUUAUCACAGUUGACACAUCAUUGGGUGGUAAAGGUCGAUUAACCUGUCAAGUUAUCCAGCAACCAACUAAACAAUCUUCAGCUACUGCUACACUUCUCCCAGUAGAAACAGAAGAUAAUGGUGAUGGCAGUACAUGCGUAUACUAUACGCCUACACAGUUGGGUGAAUUGAAUGUAGAGCUACGAUAUGGUGGUCAGUUGAUUCCUAAUGGAGAAUUUACCCAGAAGGUAGUAUCCAGCGUGGAUAUCACAGAUGAAACUUCACGUCAAAGUAUGUAUCGUCCUGUUGUAUUUCGUCUUCCAGCUCCUCGAAAUAAAGCGAAAAUUGAAGCUGUUGUCCUACGACCUUCAGGUGCACAACAACAUGUUCCUGUUGUUGUGAAUGAUAAUGAAACAAUAACUGUAACAUAUGAUCCUGUAGAACAUGGAAUGCAUGAAUUACGUGUAAAUAUUCAUUCACAGGCGAAAUCUGAUUCUCCGGGUAGUACAUUUACUAUGCCAUUACAAGGUAGUCCAUACAAGUUCUAUGUGGAUACUGCUAGCACGGGUCGAAUUACAGCCUAUGGUCCUGGAUUAAGUCAUGGUAUUACCUCUCAAUUAGCUGAAUUCACCAUUGUAACAAAAGAAGCUGGCGUUGGUGGUCUUUCAGUCUCUGUUGAAGGUCCAUCUAAGGCUAAAAUUCAGUGCGUUGAGAAUUCUGAUGGUACGUGUAGUGUGAGUUAUCUACCUCUUGCACCUGGCUUAUAUACAAUCUCAAUUAAAUUUGCUGAUGAGCAUAUCUCUGGUUCACCGUUUACUGCUAAAAUAACAGGUGAUAUCUUGAAACGAUCACAAAUAAGCAUGGGUGCACCAAGUGAUAUUGCUUUGGAAGCAGUUGAUGAAGAUAUUGCCACGCUGACAGCUAGUGUACACAGUGCAUCUGGUCGUGAGGAGCCAUGUGUGCUUAAAAGUUUGCCAAAUAAUCGUUUGGGCAUUUCAUUUACACCUAAAGAAGUUGGUGAACAUUUGGUUAGUGUAUUUCAAGCUGGAAAACAUAUUGCUAAUAGUCCAUUUCGAAUACGUGUCUCUGAGAAAGAAAUCGGUGAUCCUAGACGUGUACGUGUCAGUGGGCCAGGUUUAAUAUCAGGCUUAUCUAACAAGCCUAAUCAAUUCACUGUGGAUACACGAGAUGCGGGUUAUGCUGGUUUAAGUCUUUCAAUUGAAGGGCCAAGUAAUGCAGACAUUGAAUGUCAUGAUAAUCAUGAUGGUACUUGCACUGUCAUAUAUACGCCUACUGAACCCGGUCAGUAUGUUAUCAAUGUGAAGUAUGCUGAUGUUCAUGUGCCAAAUAGUCCAUUCUGUGUUGAAAUCGGUGGAGAACCUUCUGUGAAAAUGAUGGAAAGAAUCACUAGACGACGUGAAGCUUCAAAAGUUACACAUGUUGGAAGUCGAUGUGAAUUGAGCUUACGUAUUACAGAUACAAAUCCCUCUGAUUUGUCUGCAUCAGUAACCUCUCCUUCGGGUCAUACUACUCGUUGUGAAGUUGUUCCUAUUGAUAGCGAUCAUUACAAUAUCAAGUUUAUACCACAAGAAAUGGGUGAACAUUUAGUUACUGUUAAACACAAAGGAAUUCAAAUAUCAGGUAGUCCAUUCCACUUUACUGUCGGUCCGAUAACAGAUGGUGUAGCCAACAAGGUUAGAGCAGUUGGCUCUGGUCUACAAGAAGGUUGGACACAUGUCACCAAUGAAUUUACUAUAUAUACACGUGAAGCUGGUGCAGGCACACUGUCGAUUGCUAUGGAAGGUCCUAGCAAAGCAGAAAUUGAUUGUGAUGAAAGGCGAGAUGGUUCUUCAUCUGUACUCUAUCGUGUCACUGUACCGGGAAUGUAUAUUUGUUCCCUUAAAUUUAAUGAUGAACAUAUCCCUUGUUCACCAUUCCGUAUUCAAGUUUAUGAUUCAACACAAACUGGGCGUUUAGCUUCUUACACACUACCAUCUCGUACUGUUGAUAUUCAGUCGACCCACAGUGUAUCCAGUAAAGAAGAAACACUUCGAAUUGGACGUCCAAUUGCAUUCACUGUGCAUCAUGUAGAAACACCUGGUUACAUUUUGAAGGCAAAGGUAUCGACUCCAUCUGGAACUCAUGAAGAUGCAAUUGUUCAACCAAUCGAUCAAGAUCAAUUUGUAAUCAGAUUUGUCCCACGUGAAGGUGGUCCACACUUGGUUCAUGUGCAUUCUGUACCUAUUAAAGAGUCAGAUAAAGCUGAUUGGAGUUUUGGUCCGAAUUCAGUGCAUAGAUCAAUUCAAGGCUCACCUUUCCGUUUAGUAGUUAGUCAGUAUGCUGCAGAUCCUGGUAUGGUGUAUGCUACUGGAGAUGGAUUACGUAGAGGAAAAGUUGACGUGAAGAACUCCUUUUUCGUCAAUACUACCAACGCUGGUUGUGGUGUUUUAAAUGUAACUGUAGACGGUCCGAGUAAGGCAACUGUUACAAGUCAAGAACAUGAUGAAGGCUAUGCAUUUUUCUAUACACCAACUGUUCCAGGCAUCUAUGAGAUCACUAUUAAGUAUGGUGGCAAUUUUCAUAUCAGUGGUUCACCAUUCCGUGUUGAAGUUACUGGAACACCUAGAUCGGAAAUUUCUGAUACACGAUCUGAAGAUCAUCAAUCGAAUGUUAUUUUAGAAACUGUUGGUAAAACAAUGACUGGAAUGUCGGCUAAAGUGGAACUAGAACAUCAAAGUACAGGUACUCAUCCUGAGCUUGUCACCUGUCAAGGGCUUGGAUUGAAACGAGCUGAAAUUGAUCGUGUGAAUUACUUCAAUGUUGAUGCUAGUCAAGCGGGUAAUGAUGUUCUACUCAUUGGUAUCUGUGGUCCAAAACAAGCCUCAGAAGAAGUGAUUAUCAAACAUUUGAGCAAUAAUCAAUAUACAGUCUCUUAUCGUGUCUCUGAAAGUGGUAAACACUUCUUAGUAGUUAAAUGGGGUGAUCAACAUGUUCCAGGCAGUCCAUUCCUUAUCAAUGUCCCAUAA